UUGUAUUUCAAAAAGGCACUAAAAGAAGAAAUAACGAAGGUUUUAACGGCGGCUAACCCACAUGCUCCUGACAACAUUGUGCGGUUCAAUUUCAAGAAUUAUGUUAACAUUCGAAUAUCUGAAAAGGAAAACCAAUACAAAAAGAUUCCUCGUGUUGACCAAAUGGCUGUACACUUUCAAAUUGAUGGGAAUCUUAUUAAUAUUGAGUCCGAUGAAGCAAAAAUUCAACUGGGUGUCAUCGAUUCGGUUGAGAUUGCAGAUGAAAACUCUGAAGAUGCUGAGGGCCAACAGGAAAAGGAACACAAAGCACCAUCUGCUCCCCGCCCCACUGAAAAGUCUGCUAAAAAACUGGUCAAUCAGUUCAAUUUUUGUGAGCAUGCGACGCAAACGUAUAACAAUGCAUUAAAGGAUCACGAAAAUCAAACUGAACCUCCAGCUCGAGGCAAUUUUUCUGGAAAUAUUACUCAAUGGUCGGUUUACGACUUCUAUCGAAAAGAAGCCAGCAAAAAAGGUGCUACGUCGAAGAAGAAGCCCAAGCCAAAGCGGACUAGCAAGCCAAAAUCAUUCAAUAAACGACAAGCAGGAGAUUUAUCUUCUGAUGGCAUAAUGUCAUUUAUCAAGCCAAUUAAAACUAUUGAAAGGAUGAUAAAUCAGAACACGUUUGAUGAUGUGCUUCAAGAUUUUGCGUUUUAUGAAGAUGCUUCGGAUGAAUUUCGUGAUUCCCUUGGCACGCUGCUGCCUCUAUGGAAGUUCACAUUUGAGAAAUCGAAAAAGAUGGUUGUGACUGCAUUAAGCUGGUCACCACGUUAUAAUGACCUAUUUGCCGUUGGACUGGGGUCGCAUGAAUUUUUGAAGCAGGUUAAUGGAAUGAUCUGUUUCUACUCAUUAAAAAAUCCCGGAUAUCCAGAAUACAUUUUCCACACAGAAUCUGGUGUUCUUUGCCUUGAUGUUCACCCAGAAUAUCCUUGUCUGACAUGCGUCGGAUUCUAUGAUGGUUCCGUUGGCGUUUUUAAGUUAAACCAAGAGAAAGUUGGGCCUCUGUAUCUCAGCACGGCAUACGCGAACAAACACACCGAUCCGGUAUGGCAAGUUCGCUGGCUCUGCAACAGUGAACAGCCCAAUCUCACAUUCUUUUCCAUCGGCUCAGAUGGCCGUGUUUCUUGCUGGAGCAUCCUCAAGGAAGAUAUCUCAUGUUACGAUGUCCUCCUUUUGCGCACACCAAAGGAAUCAGGUGACGCUCCAAAGUCAUUUCAGAUUUCGACAUAUGAGAGCGGCACGGCAUUGGACUUUCAUCGGAAAGAGACUCAGAUCUUUCUGAUCGGAACCGAGGAGGGAAUGGUUCACAAAUGCAGUAGGACCUACGGCUCUCAGUACCUGAGUAGCCUAAAGGCCCACAAUAUGGCAGUUUACGGAUUGGCUUGGAACUACUUCCACGACGAUAUCUUCAUCACCUGCUCGGCUGACUGGACAGUUAAGAUUUGGCACCAGGACAAGAAGUCUCCAGUGUUCACCUUCGAUCUAGGCGCGCCAGUUGGAGACGUUGCGUGGUCGCCGUACUCGUCAACUGUCUUUGCCGCAGUCACCACGGACGGGAAUGUUCGCGUUUACGACCUCAACAUCAACAAAUACGAGCCUCUUUGCCUGCAAAUGGUCACUCAAAAGAAGCGCACCAAGCUAACCCACGUUGCAUUCAAUCCCGUUCACCCUGUUAUCAUCUGUGGAGACGAUAGGGGGCAGGUCAUGUCGUUCAAACUGUCUCCGAAUCUAAGAAAAAAGCAAAAGGAAAAGAAAGGUUUGGAAAAGCCCGACCCGCUCAAGGUGGAAAUAGAAAAAAUGGAAAGACUACUAGCUCUUGUUGCUUAG